AUGCAGCAGGUGGUUCGGGUCAGUGUGGUUCUGCUGAAUGUCGUCUGGAUCUCCUUCUUUUUGACUCCAGAUCUGGACUUCUCAGUCUUUGUGCAGAGGAGAAGCAUCAGCAGCUCUGAUGAGACAUUCAUGACGGAGUUCUGCCUUCAGCCAGACUCUGACAGGAAGUGGACACCAGCUGGACCUUUAACCAGCGGUCCAGAUGAAGACAUUACCACCGUCACAGAACAACGUGUGUCCUCAGUCAUCCUCCUGCUCUGCAUGCUGGGAGCCGCUCUGCUGGCCACUGUCCUCUGCAACAAUUCAGGUAUUCCAGAGGACUGCUGCUUUGAAUUCUUCGGAAAACCAGUGAAAAAAUUCCUCAUCUCCUGGUAUUACAAGAUUGAUUCUCGCUGCCCCAAAAGUGGAGUUGUCUUAAUGACACUUAAGGGACGUCCCAUCUGUGCGAAUCCAAAUCUGCCCUGGGUGAAAAAUGUCAUGAACUAUGUGGACAGAAAGUCCUUGUAAAGUUUCUGCCAUCUAUCCUAAUGGUCCAAUAAAACUCAUUCGACAAAGCAAUAAUGUUUUCACUAUCAUAAUUAUUUUGGUUUCAAAUAAUCAAA